AAAGGUACUAUUAUAUUGCGACAAUGCUGGCCGAAAAUGGCAGGAGAAAGACAAAACGGUACAAUUCAAAUUCCGGCCCGCUAAAACACACCUCCGCCGCUGAGAACCACCGAUUCGAAGGGGCUUAUUCUACGGCAGUUUUAUCACUAAUUGACAAAUAGUCUUGGAGAUGUGUUGUCGAAUGAAGAUGGAUCGUCAUGGAAUGGUUCUGACAACGAUGUAGAAAAACCAUCUGAUAUGGAUAGGGAAUGGUGGAGGAGGAGAGACCAAUUCCAUACAGUAACUUUACAAACUGAAAUUGAUUGAGUAUUACUAAUUGAGUUUAUGCAUAGGGACUUUUUUGAUAAUUCCCUUUCAGUAUCAAAUGAUGACAUAUUGACUGGCACAUUAAAUUCUUGAGUAAAGUACAAAUUGGUUGCCGGACUUCUAUUCAUUUUUUUCAUUUUGUUGGCCGGAAUUUCAAAUUUGCAAUAUGGCGGCCAUAUAUUGUUUUAAUUCAUCAAAACAGUGGUUAAGGGCCACUUUUUGAGAAGAAAAAAAAGAUUAGUUUGUUUCUCAGGAAAGUGGCCCUAAACCAAUUGUUUAAAACAAAAAAAAUAUCUGGCCGUCCAUUUGUAAAUUUGAAAUUAUGGCCACUAAAGUGCAAAAGCGGAUAAAGUUCAGUCACCACUUUGCAUUUUACUCUAAAUUUCUUAAUUCUUUAAUAAUGUACCAGAUAGGGUACAGAGAUGGUCUCAUUGCUGGGAAAGAAGCUUCUGCACAAGAAGGGUUCAAUACCGGCUUCAGUGAAUCCGUGUUUGUUGGAUACAAGUGGGGUCUUGUUAGAGGUGUAACCAGUGCUCUAGCUAGCCUUCCUGGUGCAGCAGGGAAAAUGUUGGUAAAAUCCGAGGAAAAGCAAAAUAAAUUUCUUCAACUGCACAAGUCUGUUGAUUCUAUAUCUACCUCUGAUGCACUAAAGCUUUUCCAUGAUGAUAUGUGCAACAAAUUGGAGAAAGAAAGAGCGCCUUCCGUGCCCACUUCACAAAAGGACAAAGAGUCUGUUACAGGUUCAAAUGACAACCUCUUAGAAACUCUUUUUGAAGAUAUUGAGGCACUAAUUUUUGGAUCUGCUUUAGAAGUAAAUCUUGAGACAUCCAAGUAGAUAGUUUGUAGCUCUUCAUAGUACUGUACAAAAUGGGUUUGGGUUGAUUUUUUAAUAUAUUCAUGGCUUGUGGAAUCUGUUGUAUUUAAACAGUUAAAUAUUUGAUGUUCGCCUGGAGCAUAGACUUCAAUAUAUACAUAUUGAAGUGUAGGCUAUUUAUGGUUCAAAAUUGCUCA